GAGAAGUAGCUUCCCGCUCGACCCGCAUUUCGCCGGGGUGCGCUCUGCUACCAUGCCGAAUUAAAAUCUCUGCGCAGUGGACACAAAAGCCUUGGAUUUUCAGAUAAUAACAGAAUUCCCCCUGGGAAUGCUGACUCCUUGCUUGGUGCCUUGAAGUUUCUCCGAGAUGAACUGAUGAACUGGAACCAUGGUGCAAAAGAAGAAGUUCUGUCCUCGGUUACUUGACUACCUAGUGAUUGUCGGCGCCAGGCACCCGAGCAGUGACAGUGUGGCCCAGACUCCUGAAUUGCUUCGGCGAUACCCAUUAGAGGAUCACCCCGAGUUUCCCCUGCCCCCAGAUGUCGUGUUCUUCUGCCAGCCUGAGGGCUGUCUGAGUGUGCGGCAGCGGCGCAUGAGCCUGCGGGAUGAUAUCUCUUUUGUCUUCACCCUCACCGACAAGGACACCGGAGUCACGCGUUAUGGCAUCUGUGUUAACUUCUACCGCUCCUUCCAGAAGCGAAUGCCUAAGGAAAAGGGGGAGGCUGGGGCAGGGUCCCGUGGGAAGGAAGGACCCCGGCCCACCAGCGCCUCAGAAGAGGUUGGCACUGAGAGUUCGGAGAGUGGCUCGUCCCUGCAGCCGCCCAGUGCCGACUCCACCCCCGAUGUGAACCAGUCUCCUCGCGGAAAACGCCGGGCCAAGGCGGGAAGCCGGUCCCGCAACAGUACUCUGACUUCCCUCUGUGUGAUCAGCCACUACCCCUUCUUCUCCACCUUCCGAGAAUGUCUGUACACCCUCAAACGUCUGGUGGACUGCUGCAGUGAGCGACUGCUGGGCAAGAAACUGGGCAUCCCCCGAGGCAUACAAAGGGACACCAUGUGGCGCAUCUUCACUGGAUCGUUGCUGGUGGAGGAGAAGUCAGGUGCCCUUCUGCAUGACCUUCGAGAGAUUGAGGCCUGGAUCUAUCGAUUGCUGCGCUCCCCAGUGCCCGUCUCUGGGCAGAAGCGAGUAGACAUUGAGGUCCUACCCCAGGAGCUUCAGCAAGCUCUGACCUUUGCUCUUCCUGACCCCUCUCGAUUCACCCUGGUGGAUUUCCCACUGCACCUUCCCUUGGAACUUCUGGGUGUGGAUGCCUGCCUUCAGGUGCUAACCUGCAUCCUGUUAGAGCACAAGGUGGUGCUACAGUCCCGCGACUACAACGCACUCUCCAUGUCUGUGAUGGCAUUUGUGGCAAUGAUCUACCCCCUGGAGUAUAUGUUUCCUGUCAUCCCACUGCUGCCCACCUGCAUGGGAUCGGCAGAGCAGCUGCUGUUGGCCCCAACCCCAUACAUCAUCGGGGUCCCUGCCAGCUUCUUCCUCUACAAACCGGACUUCAAAAUGCCUGACGAUGUAUGGCUAGUGGACCUGGACGGCAGUCGGGUGAUUGCCCCCACCAAUGCAGAAGUGCUACCUGUCCUGCCAGAACCAGAGUCAUUAGAGUUGAAAAAACAUUUGAAGCAGGCCCUUGCCAGCAUGAGCCUCAACACCCAGCCAAUCCUUAAUCUGGAAAAAUUCCAUGAGGGCCAGGAGAUCCCUCUGCUCUUUGGAAAGCCUACAAGUGACCUGCAGUCCACCCCUUCCACGGAAUUCAACCCACUCAUCUAUGGCAAUGAUGUGGAUUCUGUGGAUGUCGCAACCAGAGUGGCCAUGGUCCGUUUCUUCAACUCCCCCAACGUGCUGCAGGGCUUUCAGAUGCACACACGUAUCCUGCGUCUCUUCCCUCGGCCUGUGGUAGCUUUUCAAGUUGGCUCCUUCCUAGCCUCACGUCCCCGGCAGACUCCUUUUGCUGAGAAAUUGGCCAGGACUCAGGCUGUGGAGUACUUUGGGGAAUGGAUCCUUAACCCUACCAACUAUGCCUUUCAGCGAAUUCACAACAACAUGUUUGAUCCGGCCCUGAUUGGUGACAAGCCAAAGUGGUACGCUCAUCAGCUGCAACCCAUCCACUAUCGCGUCUACGAUAGCAAUUCCCAGCUGGCUGAAGCGCUGAGUGUGCCCCCAGAGCGUGACUCUGACUCUGAUCCUACUGAUGACAGCGGCAGUGAUAGUAUGGACUAUGGUGACUCAAGCUCUUCCUACUCCUCCCUCGGUGACUUUGUUAGUGAAAUGAUGAAGUGUGACAUCAAUGGCGAUACGCCUAAUGUGGAUCCUCUGACGCAUGCAGCACUGGGGGAUGCCAGUGAGGUGGAGAUUGAUGAGCUGCCAAGCCAGAAGGAAGCCGGGGAGCCUGGCCCCCACAGGGAGGACGCUCAGGAACACCCCCCACCGCACUCCAGCUCCAGCACCACGGCCAGCAGUGGCUCCAGCACUGUCAUCCACGGAGCCAGUGCUGAACCUGCUGACUCAACAGAGAUGGAUGAUAAGGCCGCAGUAGCCAUCUCCAAGCCCGUCCCUCCCGGGCCUCCCAGCAUCAGCAAAUCGGCCGUGGACAGGCGCCAGACAGAAACUGGAGAGGGGUCAGUGUGCCGGCGAACCUUCGACAACCCAUACUUCGAGCCCCAGUAUGGCCUUCCCCCUGAGGAAGAUGAUGAUGACCAGGGGGAAAGUUACACUCCCCGAUUCAGCCAACAUGGCAGUGGCAAUCGGGCUCAAAAGCUGCUGCGGCCCAACAGCUUGAAACUGGCAAGCGACUCAGACGCAGAGUCAGACUCCCGAGCAAGCUCUCCCACCUCCACCAUCUCCAACAACAGCACCGAGAGCUUUGGGGGCAUCAUGUCUUUUGCCAGCAGCCUAUAUCGGAACCACAGUACAAGCUUCAGUCUUUCGAACCUCACGCUGCCCACCAAAGGUGCCCGGGAGAAGACCACGCCCUUCCCCAGUCUGAAAGUAUUUGGGCUAAAUACUCUAAUGGAGAUUGUUACUGAAGCCGGCCCCGGGAGUGGUGAAGGAAACAGGAGGGCCUUGGUGGACCAGAAGUCAUCUGUCAUUAAACACAGCCCAACAGUGAAGCGAGAACCCCCGUCACCCCAGGGCCGAUCCAGCAAUUCUAGUGAGAACCAGCAGUUCCUGAAGGAGGUGGUGCACAGCGUGCUGGACGGCCAGGGCGUCGGCUGGCUCAACAUGAAGAAGGUGCGACGGCUGUUGGAGAGCGAGCAGCUGCGGGUAGUCAGUGUUGGCUGGGAGCUGGAAUCAACUGGGAAGAGGAUGUGGACACCACAGGCAGUUUUGCCAACUCCAGCCCCUGGAUUAUUGUUGCAGGAGAUCAGUCGAAAGGUGUACAAAGGGAUGUUAGACCUGCUCAAGUGCACGGUGCUCAGCCUGGAGCAGUCCUAUACCCAUGCAGGUCUGGGCGGCAUGGCCAGCAUCUUCGGGCUCCUGGAGAUCGCCCAGACCCACUAUUACAGCAAAGAACCAGACAAGCGUAAGAGAAGUCCAACAGAGAGCGUGCAUACACCAGUUGGCAAGGAUCCUGGCCUGGCUGGUCGGGGGGACCCAAAGGCUACGGCACAGCUGAGAGUUCCCCAGCUGGGGCCUCGGGCACCAAGUGCUACAGGAAAGGGUCCUAAGGAACUAGAUACCAGGAGUUUAAAGGAAGAGAAUUUUGUAGCAUCUGUUGAAUUGUGGAACAAGCACCAGGAAGUGAAAAAGCAAAAAGCUAUGGAAAAACAGAGGCCUGACGUACUCAAACCUGCCUUUGACCUUGGUGAGACGGAAGAGAAAAAGUCCCAGAUCAGCGCAGAUAGUGGUGUGAGCCUAACAUCUGGUUCCCAGAGGACGGACCCAGACUCUGUCAUCGGUGUGAGCCCAGCUGUCCUGAUCCGAAGCUCCAGUCAGGAUUCUGAAGUUAGCACCGUGGUAGGGGAACACCACACUGGCAUCUUGUGCCUUAGGUGGCUGACCUGUUACUCUUCUCUGCAGGGUAAAGCCCACAGCUUGAAGCCGAGCGUAAGGGAGAAGCUGGCGGGCAGCCCGGUUCGCUCUUACGAAGACGUAAGCCAGCGAGUCUAUCUCUACGAGGGACUCAUAGGAAGGGACAAAGGAUCGAUGUGGGACCAGUUAGAGGAUGCUGCUAUGGAGACCUUUUCUAUGAGUAAAGAGCGUUCUACGUUAUGGGACCAAAUGCAGUUCUGGGAAGAUGCGUUCUUAGAUGCUGUGAUGUUGGAGAGAGAAGGGAUGGGUAUGGACCAGGGUCCCCAGGAGAUGAUAGACAGGUACCUGUCACUGGGAGAGCAUGACCGGAAACGCCUCGAGGAUGAUGAAGAUCGUUUGCUGGCCACGCUUUUGCACAACCUGAUCUCCUAUAUGCUGCUGAUGAAGGUACAGAAGAAUGACAUCCGGAAGAAGGUGAGGCGCCUGAUGGGAAAGUCCCAUAUUGGGCUUGUGUACAGCCAGCAAAUCAAUGAAGUACUUGAUCAGCUGGCCAACCUGAAUGGCCGUGAUCUCUCUGUCCGGUCCAGUGGUAGCCGGCACAUGAAGAAGCAGACAUUUGUGGUACAUGCAGGGACAGACACAAAUGGAGAUAUCUUUUUUAUGGAGGUGUGUGAUGACUGCGUGGUGCUGCGCAGCAACAUCGGGACAGUGUACGAGCGCUGGUGGUACGAGAAGCUCAUCAACAUGACCUACUGCCCCAAGACCAAGGUGCUGUGCUUGUGGCGCAGAAACGGCUCGGAGACCCAGCUCAACAAGUUCUACACAAAGAAGUGUCGGGAGCUGUACUACUGUGUGAAGGACAGCAUGGAGCGUGCCGCCGCCCGGCAGCAGAGCAUCAAACCUGGGCCUGAACUAGGUGGCGAGUUCCCCGUGCAGGACAUGAAGACUGGUGAGGGUGGCUUGCUGCAGGUCACCCUAGAAGGGAUCAAUCUCAAGUUCAUGCACAACCAGGUUUUCAUAGAGCUGAAUCACAUUAAAAAGUGCAAUACAGUUCGAGGCGUCUUUGUCCUGGAGGAAUUUGUUCCUGAAAUUAAAGAAGUGGUGAGCCACAAGUACAAGACACCCAUGGCCCACGAGAUCUGCUACUCGGUGUUGUGUCUCUUCUCGUAUGUGGCUGCGGUCCGCAGCAGUGAGGACGACCUCCGAACCCCACCCCGGCCCGUCUCCAGCUGAUGGAGGGUGACGGCUGCCCCAGCCCAGGGGCGCCCUGGCUUCUUGCCUCUUGCUGUUCCCCAGUGCACGAUGCUGCUAAGACCAGAUGCGGAUGACGCGUGUUCUCUGCAAGCCCCUCGCGUGGCUUUGGUGGUUCCCAGUUAUGUGUCUGUUGGUGUGUCUUAGUGUGUUCAUCACAGGGCUGAGCUAGUCUCUUCCGCCUUCUCCCUCUUCACUCCCAGAAGACCAGCCUACUGUUCCCUCAGGGCUUGGUGUGUGAGUGUGUGUGAGUGUGUGUGUGUGUGUGUGUGUGUCUGUUGGGCCAUUGGCUUCUAAGAACUCUUUGGCACAGGCCAGUGUGAGUCCACGCCUGCAUGCCCUUGAGACAUUUGUGUUGUGGCUCCGUGUCCUUGGCAUUGUGACCUCCCAGCGCAGGACUCUGGCUCUUGUCCUCUGUGAUCCGUCACAGCCCGACGCCUGGAACAGCCCCCUCUGGGGAGUGCGGGAAGCUUGAGGCUUCCUGAGAGGGGUAGGUGGCGAGAGGAGGGAGAGGCCGGGGCAGCAGCGUGAGUGGCAACCUCCCUGCUUCCUGACGCAUUUCCUAAGCUGGCAGCUACCACCCGCCUGCCCGUGGGCCACACACAGUCUUGCUGCUGUCACCGUGGCCUCCACCACUCAGCGGAGCAGCUCUUCCCUGGGGGCUGCCUGGUCUUAGGCAGAGGAGAGCAGACUGGUUGGGGCCAGGAGACUCCCAGGAACCGGAAGGGGUGGGCAAAGGCCACGUUCGGUAUACACACCCGUGUCUGCAGGCGCGUUCUCCUGGCACCGGGUGCCAGAGGGAGAGAGGGCCUGGGGGUGGGCAAGAGAUGACUGUACAUAUUUAUUUCAGCUCCACAUUAUUUAUAGAAAAUGUACAGACGCGUGAAUGUGAAAUAAAUGUCCUUAACUCUC